AUGCAACGUAAGCGCAAGAAGGCCAGUGAAUACCGUAUCGUUGUAUCAUCGUCGGAACUUCUACGGAUUAGGGUGACAGGACAGCUCGAUGAUGAGGCCCAUAGACCAGACAAUAAGAUCACUUUCAAUGUGUUUUUUCUAAUAUAUAUCCAAGGAAAACCCGAGGACAGCAAUCUACAGCGACCAAAGUUUCAACUGCGUGAAAUUGACUUAAGUCAUUUUACACUCCGAAGGAUGAUAGAUGAGUGUUGA